GUCGGAUGAGGCAAGGGGGGACGGUCUACGCACUUCGCUGUUCGAGGUUGAGGGCUCGGGGCGCUCCAUCCCCUGGGGACACGCUAGGAAGGCCGGGCUCCGCGUUGCGCUUGUUUGGAAUACCUGUACAAGAUGUUGAGCUUGGCAGUUCGAGGCGGCGUUGCUCCUUGGCACCUGACCGCCAUCAUCACCCUCCUGCUGGCGAUGAAGGCGAACUCGGAGAUCUUAUACGCCGAAACUGCGCCGAUGCCAUACAGCGUGUGGGCAGCCGACCUGUUACCGGGCUAUGUGCUUAACCCAGCCAUCAGGAAUGGACGGUCGUGCGUGUGUAAACAGAAGAAUCUGGCAGCGUUUAUGCAGUCUUCUUAUGGGCUCGCGUCAGAUGCCUUGACCGUUGGAGGACUCGCGAGCGUUGCUCAGCCACAAUCUUCCUUCGACUACUUCUACCUCACGCCGCCCCCGAUCAACCUCGUCCCAGCUGCUGUAACGACGCAAACAACUACAACUACGGCAGAGGCGACGACUACAACAACUACACCCAAAGCAACGACUACAACAACUACAUCUACUACAACAACUACGCCAGAACCGACGACUUCAACAUCAUCUACAUCUACAACAUCAACUACAACUUCAUCUACAUCUACAACGUCUACAACAACUACUACACCUGAAGCAACGACUUCAACAACUACAUCUACAACAUCCACAACAUCUACAACGUCAACUACAACUUCAUCUACAUCUACAACGUCUACAACAACUACAACGCCUGAAGCAACGACUUCAACAACUACAUCUACAACAUCCACAACGUCUACAACAACUACAACACCUGAAGCAACGACUUCAACAACUACAUCUACAUACAUCUACAACAAUACAUCUACAACAACUACUACAUCCACAACGUCUAACAACAACUACACAAAGCAACGACUCUACAACAACAUCUACUACAACUCAUCACAUCUACAACGUCUACAACAACACCUGAAGCAACGACUUCAACAACACAUGAACAACGACUCAACAACUACAACAUCACAACUCUACUUCUACAACAUCAACUACAUCAUCUACAACGUCUACAACAACUACUACCACACCUGCUGCAUCAAGCUCAGGUAA